CGGGAGCCGCGCACGCGAUGGCGCCUCCCGCUUUCGGGUGUCCUGUUUCUUGACAUCUUCUGGAACGCGUUUCACUAUGAGGUUAAUGAGGUACCUGCGACGGGCAGCUUCGGCCGGCCCGGGGCCGGGCCCGGGUCCUAGCCCAAACGGGGUUCCCGCUGCGGGCGGCGAGCGCAGCGUCCCGGGCCAGGUGGAUUUCUACUCGCGCUUCUCGCCGUCCCCGCUCUCCAUGAAGCAGUUUCUGGACUUCGGAUCUGUGAAUGCAUGUGAAAAGACCUCAUUUAUGUUUUUGCGGCAGGAGUUGCCAGUGAGAUUGGCAAACAUAAUGAAAGAAAUAAGUCUCCUUCCAGAUAAUCUUCUAAGAACACCUUCAGUUCAACUGGUACAGAGCUGGUACAUUCAGAGUCUACAGGAGCUCCUUGAUUUUAAGCAUAAAAGUGCUGAAGAUGCUAAAGCUGUUUAUGAUUUUACAGACACUGUGAUAAGAAUCCGGAAUCGUCAUAAUGAUGUCAUUCCUACCAUGGCUCAGGGUGUGAUUGAAUACAAGGAAAGCUUUGGUGUAGAUCCAGUGACCAGUCAGAAUGUACAGUAUUUUUUGGAUCGUUUUUACAUGAGUCGUAUUUCUAUCAGAAUGCUGCUUAAUCAGCACUCCUUAUUGUUUGGUGGAAAAGGAAAAGGAAGUUCAACUCACCGAAAACACAUUGGAAGCAUUAAUCCAAAUUGUAAUGUUGUUGAAGUUAUUAAAGAUGGCUAUGAAAAUGCAAAGCGUCUUUGUGAUUUGUAUUACAUUAAUUCUCCAGAACUAGAACUUGAAGAAUUAAAUGCAAAAUCAUCAGGACAGCCCAUGCAAGUGGUUUAUGUACCAUCACAUCUCUAUCACAUGGUGUUUGAACUUUUCAAGAAUGCAAUGAGAGCAACUAUGGAACACCAUGCCGACAAAGGUGUUUACCCUCCUAUUCAGGUUCACGUAACACUGGGUAAUGAGGACUUGACUGUGAAGAUGAGUGAUCGUGGAGGUGGUGUUCCUCUAAGAAAAAUCGAUAGACUCUUCAACUACAUGUAUUCAACUGCACCCCGACCUCGUGUUGAGACAUCUCGAGCUGUGCCCCUGGCUGGUUUUGGUUAUGGAUUGCCCAUAUCUCGGCUUUAUGCACAGUACUUUCAAGGAGACCUGAAAUUGUAUUCCUUAGAAGGUUACGGGACAGAUGCUGUUAUUUACAUUAAGGCACUAUCAACAGAGUCAGUGGAAAGGCUCCCCGUUUAUAAUAAAGCUGCGUGGAAACAUUAUAAUGCCAAUCAUGAGGCAGAUGACUGGUGUGUGCCAAGCAGUGAACCAAAGGACAUGACCACAUUCCGCAGUGCAUAGCUGCAUCUAGGCCAUCUGAAAAAACAAACGAACAAAUCAAAAAAAAAAAAACAAAAUAAAAUGGGUUUCUAGUAUUAUAUUUGAGAGGGACUUUGGAAAACUGUUACAUAAAACAUUUCACAUCUGAUUUUCACACUCAUUGACUGGGUAGAAUAAAUGGAAACUGAAUUCCAUAGCUAUCUUUCAGACUUCCUAAAGCAUUGAACUGUACCAUUUAAUUGGAAGAAGAAAGAAAAUUCUAGCUACUGUGUACAUUUACUUUUCACUACUGCAAAUGUGGCUAACAUGUUUUGCUUCCUUUCAUUGGAUUUCAGGGACUAAGUUUCUGGUAUAGAAAUCUCCAGGUUCCUCAUGGAACCCGUGCAAUUUAUCUUAUAUCUAGUAAAUGCAUUUCCCUAAUUGUACUGAUUAAUUGGUUAAAUACCUUUUUAUAGUCUGGAAAAUCUUAUUAGGCUUUAUUUAAUUCUACUCAGGAAUGAAAGUAAAUUAAAAUUCACAUUAAUCAAUAACUGCCUAUUGGUUGCACAUAUAAAGGCAGAAAAUUAUUACCCUGUGGAUUUAAUGCCACCUGCUUUUUAUAAUUUCCUUUUGUAGUUGACUUAGAGCCACUUAUUUUUAGAAGUAAAUUUUCUUUUUCUGAACAAUCAAUAUCUAGUUCUCUUUAUAUUCAGUCAAGAUCCUAUGAAAUUCACACUGAAUGUUGUUUUCAUUAAUUUCAGGAGGAAAAUUUUUAUUGCUAAAUGACUAGCAACCUUUAACAAAAUCUUCAAAAAUUUUGAGGGGAUAGCUAUUUACUAUGUGAUUGUAACUUGUGUUGUAGUGAUUCUAAUUAUGACAUAAAGAAACAGUGUGACAUAAUUGAUAGAAGGCCAACACUGGAGUCAGGAAAACCUAGGUCUGAGUCUUACCUUGACACAUGCCAGCUAUGUUUACCAAAAGUGAGCCACUUAACUUCUCUUUGCCUUAAUUCCCUAAGAUUGUAAAUUGAUUUGUGUUGAUGGAGGGAAUUUUCAAACACAAGUUCACCAUAGCAAUGAAAUCACAGAUCUAGCUUCCUCCUAAAAAAGGAAUCCUAAUAAUGGUGGAAUUAUCCACACAUAACACAUGGGCAUAAUGAUACAGGUCUAGAUUAGGUUUCCACAGACAUCUAAAAAAGCAUAAUAAAAUCUCUCUCAAUUGGUCA